AUGAAGACGCAUCAAAGUUUCUCUGUCCUCGCAACCCUAGUUCUGCUGGGUAUGAUCUCACUCUGGAGUACCACGGCUGCUGAAAAUUCGUUCAGAACUAAAAGGAAUGCAUUGCAAAAUUUUGCAAUUGAAAGAGCCCUAAAAGACAAGGGAUUUGUGCGUCAACUCAUCAACUGCGUUCUGGACAGAGGGCCGUGCGACGGACAUGGACGCCAAUUGAGACUCAUGGCACCCGAAAUUGUUCGAGGUCAAUGUCCGGGAUGCUCAAAGAAGCUUCAUGGACAAAUCAGACGUGUCAUUUCUCACGUUCAGAGGAAUUUCCCUCAGGAGUGGUCAGAAGUUGUCCGGAGGUUUCUGCAGUACCCACAGCAGCAAUUUCAAAAUGUGUUUGGGUACCACUGA